AUGCCUCCGCAAAAUCCAGACUGGGUCAAGGCCCUCAAGCCCUCCGGCCCCCAGGGGUCAGAGCUUCUGGCCCAAGAACGCGCCAAGUCUGACAUCAACGUGGACCAACUGGCAGAGUUCCUCUUCACAAAAGAAGUCCUCCAGAGGAACGACAAGAUUCUCAAGCUUCUCCAGGCUGAUCCUGUUUUUGACAAGGAGCAGAACUACUUCAGGGGGCGAACAGAUAGACUUGAGGCUGCGCUUGCUAGAGGUAAGGCUUUGAGGAGAUUAUCUGUCAAGCACAACUGGAAUGAUGAGGAGCACCACGCUGCCAACGAUCUCAUCAGCGAACCUACGCCUUAUGGUCUUCAUGCCACUAUGUUCUUGAAGACGCUUGAGGAGCAGGGUACACCAGCGCAGCAUAAGCUGUUCCUUGAGAAGGCGAGAAACUAUGAGAUCAUCGGAUGCUACGCCCAAACUGAAUUGGGUCACGGUUCUAAUGUUCGAGGUCUUGAGACCACUGCUACUUGGAACCACGAGGACAAGACCUUUACUAUUCACUCCCCUCACCUCACAGCCUCAAAGUGGUGGAUUGGUUCUCUGGGCAAGGCUGCCAACCACGCUGUCGUCGUCGCGCAGCUUAUCCUCAACGGCAAGCCUUACGGUCCUCAUCCCUUCGUCGUCCCCAUUCGCGACAUGAAGACCCAUGAGCCUCUUCCCGAUAUCCACGUUGGAGAUAUCGGUCCCAAGUUCGGUUACAACACCAUGGACAACGGCUUCCUGCUCUUCAAUAAUGUCAAGAUUCCUCACGUCAACAUGCUGAACCGCUUCUCUGGUGUUGACCCCGAGACCGGAAAGUACAUCCGCCCCUCAAAUCCAGCUCUCAUUUACGGAACCUUGACUUUCAUCCGAUCAUCCAUCGUCUUCCAGUCCGGGUCCGUUCUUGCUCGUGGUGUCACUAUCGCUACGCGUUACUGCGCUGUUCGCCGACAGUUCCAGGACCGUGAUGCUGAUGCUAGCGAGACUGGUGAGAACCAGGUUCUCAACUACACAAUGGUUCAGCACCGUCUUCUCCCUCUUCUGGCUUCUUCAUAUGCGCUGUUCUUCACUGGCCGCGCUAUGAUUAACCUCUACAACGCCAACCAGAAGCGCAUGGCUCAACGCCGUGAUGCUGGCGACGCUAAGCGCAAGCCUGGUCCUGAGGAGCUCAGCCCCGGCAGCGAUCACCUUGCUGAUCUCCACGCCAUCUCCUGCUCCCUCAAGGCCUUUGCUUCCACCACCGCUGCUGAGGGUCUGGAAGUCUGCCGUCGCGCUUGUGGUGGCCACGGCUACUCCGCCUUCUCCGGUAUUGGCAGCUGGUACGCUGAUUAUCUUCCUACUGUCACAUGGGAGGGUGACAACUACAUGCUUACCCAGCAAGUCGCCCGAUAUCUCCUCAAGUCAGCCCGCGCUGUCCUUGCCGGCAAGGCUCCCGAUAACGGUAUCUCUCGUAUCUUCAAGGAGUUCAUCCGCCGACAGGACAUUGGUGCUGCUUUCGACGUUCUCGACAGCGAUCAAGACCUCGUUGAUGCUUUCGCAUGGCGUGUGUCUUUCCUGACCUUUGAGGCUCUUAAGCACCGUGAUGAGGAAAAGCAAUCCUGGAACAGCCUCCUCAUUGACUUCUGGCGCCUGUCCACCGCAUAUGCUCAGUACCAAGUCGUCAAGAACUUCCACGAAGCUCUCCAAGACGAAGCCACCAAGAAGUCCCUCGACCCCAACACCCUCGCCAUCAUGCACAAGCUCUUUGAGCUCUUCGCUCUGCAUAACCUCCAGAGCUCCGCCUCCGAGUUCUUUACCAGCGCCGCCACAACAGUUCGCCAAAUCCAACUCGCUCGCACAAAGCGAACACUCUCCCUACUCGAUGAGAUCCGACCUCACGCCGUGAGACUUGUCGAUGCUUGGUCAUUCCCUGAUUGGCAACUUGACAGUGCCCUUGGUCGUCACGACGGCAAGGUCUACGAGGACUUGUUCCAUCGUGCUUCCGAGGUCAACCCUGUCAACGACAUUGUGUUUGAUCCUUAUCCUGAGUCAGAUGUGCUGUUCCGUAAGAAUGGCAGUGGUCCUAAGGCGAAGUUGUAA